AUGCCACCAAAGGCACCAAAGGCACCAAAAGCAGGCGAAACCCUCGGCGGCAUCCUCGUCGGCGGCACGCUCUACGCCGUCCUAGUGACCGGCUUAGCCAGCAUACUUGAGAAGAAAGACGACAAGAAAGAUAGCAACGAAGAGCCCAAGCAAGCAGAACCGAACUGGUUUCAAAGACAUAGCCUAGUAAAGGAAAAAGGAUAUUACUAUAAACAGGUUAUGGAUGAAUUUUAUGAGAAAAACGGGAAGAUAAAGACUGAAGAACAAACAGCACCGAAACUGGAUUACACAAUUUUACAAUUAUCUGAGCAAGAUCGCUUGCAAGCAGAGAGAAUGUUGAAGCCUUGA